AUGGUGAGACAAUAUGCAUCUCGUUGACAUCUGCUCAUCGCAGAGACUGAUCAAGACCUUUGGCCCAUAGACAUCCCUCGUUGCUCGCUCCAUCGACGCCUUCUCAUCCCCAGCCCCUCGUUCUCAAGCCAUCAACGACAUGCUCAAGUACGCCAACACCGAUACCGUCUGCUUCCACGAGUCCGACCCCAAGGCUCUCGUUCGCCUUCAAGCAGAACACUGGGAUCCGCUCCUCGACUGGGUCCAAGAACGCUUUGGCACUCGUCCCAGCGUCGCCUUUGACACUCUCGCAACUUCACAGCCGCCGAAGCUCAUGGAUGCGCUCAAGAGCCACCUCCACGAGCUCACACCCCUCGAGCUCGCCGCCCUCGAGAAGAGCCUGCACCUGACAAAGAGCAUCUUCCUUUCAUUGGCGCUCUUGCACGGCAGGAUGACCGUUGCAGAGGCAAUGGACGCUGCAUGGGUCGAGACAAAGGCACAGAUCGAGACGUGGGGCGAGGUAGAGGACAGUCACGAUGUGGGAUGGGCAGAGCUCGGCAGGGAGCUCGGUGCGGUCAGGAUGGCAGCUGUGCGUAGCGAUGAGACGAAGUCGUCAGCAUGAUAAGGGUGGCACAAUGAGUAUCACAUUGCCGCUCCGCCUUGCGUUGAAUGUGCUACGACGUCGGGAUGACCUGCCAUAGGAAGACGAGGUCUGCAA